AACUGGUAAGAACUAGAACACGUAAAAUCGUCUGCUAGUUUUGCUGUUUCUUUUUCCAUGUGACGAGUGAGUGUCGGUGUACAUAAAGUGUUAAUCGGAACUAGUUUGCCGUAAAAUCGAUCAAAAUGUCUAAAGCCGGACGUAUGAAAAUGAUUAAGAAAGUUGUGGAGAAGGUAGAUCACUCCUCAAAAUUAAGAACAAAUAUUUUAGCUGGAAUGGCUACGCCAUCUCCUCCCCUCGGACCACAACUUGGACAGAGAAACAUUAACAUAGCCGCUUUUUGCAAGGAUUUUAACGAAAGAACGAAAGAUAUUAAAGAGGGAAUUCCAAUACCAUGUCGAAUAAAGGUCAAUCCGGACCGAACUUACGAAUUAGUAAUGCACAAUCCACCUGCAACCUACUUUUUAAAACAAGCUGCCGGAAUUUCGAGAGGAACAAUGCAGCCAAAGAAGGAAAUAGCUGGCAAGAUAACGUUGAAGCAUUUGUACGAGAUCGCGAAAAUAAAAUCCCAAGAUCCUCCUCUGGCGCUGAUGAGUUUGCAACAAAUUACUCAAAUGAUGGUUGGCAUAGCAGACACCUGUGGCAUUGAAAUAGUACGAGAAUUGGAUGCAAAAGAGUAUGAAGAAUUCCUAAAGGAACGAGCGAUUAUUGUAGCUCAACAAAAAGAAGACUUAAAAGCAGCGAAAGAGGCAAAAUUACUAAGAACUGUGUAGAUUGGCGGUAUAAAUUCUUUAAUAUUAAAGUUGAAAUUCUUGAAAAAACUAAGCUGUAAUAUAAAUUGUAAAUAAACAACACUUCCGGUU